AUGGGCCGGGUGCGGCGGGGCGGCUGCGGGCUGCUCCCGGUCCUGCUGCUGCUGCCGCUGCUCGGCGGGGCGGCGGGGCCGGGCUGCGGGGGCUCCCCCCGCCUGCUCCGCUUCUCCGGGCAGGUGCCCGAGAACAGCCCGGCGGGGACCCGGGUGCGGGGCUUGCGGGUGCCGCUGCGGAGGCUGCUGGGCCCCGGUGAGCCGGCUGGGGAGUGGGCGCUGGAAGGAGACGGCGCUUCGCGCUUCUCUGUCCAGCGGUGGCCGGGCAGCGGGCCGGGGCUGCUGCUGCUCCUCACGGCCGAGCGCCUGGACCGGGAGGCGCAGCCCGAGUACGGGCUCUGGCUGCGGCGGCGGGCGGGACGGUCCCCCCGGGAGGCGCUACUGCGGGUCCGGGUCUUGGACCGCAACGAUCACCGGCCGCGGCUGCCGCCGGCGCGGCCGCUGGAGGUGGACGAGCUGGCCCCGCUGGGCACGGAGGUGGCCCGGCUCCGCGCCUCGGACGGUGAUGAAGGCGCCAACGCGCGCCUCACCUACCGCCCCUGGCCGCCGGGCGCCGGCAGCCGCCUGCUCUUCGUGGUGCCCCGCAGCGGGCAGGUGCUGACCGUGGGCUCGCUGCUGGGGCUGCGCCGGCUCCGCCUCUGCGUGGCCGCUCUCGAUCACGGGCGGCCGCGGCCGCUGCGCAGCCCCGCGCGGUGCCUGCGCUUGGCUGUGCGCGGGCGGGGGGCGGCGGGGGGCGCGGGGCGGCAGCGGGGGCCGCGCUCGCUGCAGCCGCCGGGACCCGGAACCCGGCGCUACACGGCCCGACUGCCCCGCGGGACCAAGGUGGGCGACACCGUCUUCACCGUCCCGCGGAGCGGAGACCGGGCGACCGGCGGCUGGUUCGAGCUGGUCUCUCCCGGCAACACCCCUGUGGCCGUCGACAGGACAUCGGGGCGGCUCUACCUGCGGCGGGAGCUGAGAGCGGGCGGCCGGGCGGAGGUGCUGGUCAAGGUGCACCGCGGCGGCGAAGCAGGUAGCGGUCUGGGACGGGCGGCGGGGACGGGGUCGCUUUUCCCUGCGGGUCUGACCCCGGUGGAUUGGGAUGGCCGCGAAAGGGAUGGGUGGGGAUGA